UGCACUUGCAAGGUUGCCCGGCGGGGAAGUUCCAGAAUAAACCACCAGAACCCCGAGGUUUAUUCGACAACGGCAACCAUGGCGGACCAAUUCCCUUCCCUCAAGAAUGAUUUGAUCUUGCGGGCAGCACGGGGCGAGAAAGUCGAACGGCCGCCCAUAUGGGUGAUGCGGCAGGCUGGCCGGUAUCUUCCCGAAUAUCAUGAAGCCAAGGGCGGCCGCGACUUCUUCGAGUGCUGCAGAGACCCCGAGGUCGCCUCCACCCUGACGCUGCAGCCUAUCGAUCGCUAUGAUGGCCUUCUCGAUGCGUCCAUCAUCUUCUCCGACAUCCUGGUCAUCCCCCAGGCCAUGGGCAUGGUCGUGGAGAUGGUCGAUAAGAAAGGGCCCCACUUCCCCAACCCUCUGCGCAGCCCAGACGACGGACAGUAUGCCGAACUCUUGAAGCGCGACGUCGACGUGGCCAAGGAGCUCGACUACGUCUACAAGGCCAUCACCCUCACCAGGAAAAAACUCCAGGGCCGGGUGCCUUUGUUUGGGUUCUGCGGAGCCCCCUGGACCUUGUUCUGUUACAUGGUCGAGGGCGGAGGAUCCAAGAUCUUCAAGGAAACCAAGUCUUGGAUUUACAAGUAUCCAGAAGAAACCAAGGCCCUGCUCCAGAAGAUCUCGAAGCUCUGCGUCGAGUACCUCGCACUUCAAGUCAAGGCUGGAGCCCAGCUCAUUCAAGUGUUCGAUUCUUGGGCCGGUGAACUGUCGCCGUCAUCGUUCAAAAAGUUCUCCCAGCCGUACCUGGAAUACAUCGCCAGGCAUCUCCCGUCAAGGCUCAAGGAGAUGGGGUUGGAACGCGUCCCAAUGGUCGUCUUUCCCAAAGGCGCAUGGUACGCCCUCGAUGCCGCGUGCGACAUGGGGUACGAUAUCGUCGGUCUCGACUGGCUCCACGACCCUGCUCAAGCUGUCAAAACCGUCGGCGACCGACCGAUAGUACUCCAAGGAAAUGCUGACCCCGGUGUCUUGUACGGCUCGCACGCCGCUAUCACCGAGGCGGUGAAGGAGAUGGUGGAGGGCUUUGACUGGGCUAACCGGAGGAAGGGAUGGAUCGUGAACCUCGGGCAUGGGAUCACACCUUUCGUCAAUCCGGACGAUCUGCGGUUCUUCUUGGAGGAAAUUCACCGUUUGACCAAGACAGAAGGCCAAUGACCAAGGAGGCACGAUUGUGUGUAAUUUGCUGCUGUAAUACCCUUGCCUAUACUGUGCUUGAGGAAAAAAAAAAACCAAUUAUAGGGCUAGAUGCUGAGGGAUGCUGGUGUAUUCGGUUCCUCCUCAACUCUUCACAUUGGUUCUCCAACGCUCGAUAGAUCAACCCUUCCCCUGGGGUAAGUGUCAGUAAAGGCGGGUUGUCCUGCGAAGUCCGUGUCCCAACCUACCAAGAUACGAUCCAGUGGACCUUUCCGCCAAGGCUUCGGAACAGAGCUUUGCUCUUGUCGUUGUAAACAAACACGUCAGCAGCCCCCCAGCCGUCAUCACCAUAGUCCGGUACGCGCUCGCGGGUCAACUUGCAAGUUAGAGCCCUGGCUAGGCCCUUUUUACGGUAUGCUUC